AUGUUACUGAUAAAAUAUAUUUUAUCUACAAUGUCAGACAAUAAAAACCGACCAACUACUGCUUCGGAUGUUCAGGUUGAAGUAAACGAAGCUCUUGCUCACGGUCAAAAAGCUGCUGAAUUAAUAAAAGAUGGUGUGCAAGAGAGAGCGGCGGAGUUGAAACAUCAAGCAGAGCAGAAGGGUGCACAAUUAGCUAAUGAUGCAUCGAAGAAAGCCAAUGAAGUCAAAGACGCCGCACAGGAGAAAGUUGAUCAGGCUAAAGCAGCCGGAUCUCAAUUAGCAGAUGAUGCUGCCAAGAAAGCCGGAGAAGUUAAAGAUGCUGCACAGAAGACAGCUGAUCAAGCUAAGGCGGCCGGUGCUCAACUCGCCGACGAUGCAUCGAAGAAAACUGCUGAAUUGAAAAGCACAGCACAGGAAAAAUUAGAUCAAGCUAAAGCGACCGGUGUUCAACUGGCUGAUGACGCCAGUAAAAAAGCCGAAGAAGUCAAGGAUGCUGCAGCAAAGAAAGCGGAUGAAUUAAAACCAAAAGUUGCAGAAAAAGUUGAUCAGGCUAAAGCAGCCGGAUCUCAAUUAGCAGAUGAUGCUGCUAAGAAAGCCGGAGAAGUUAAAGAUGCUGCACAGAAGACAGCUGAUCAAGCUAAGGCGGCCGGUGCUCAGCUUGCCGAUGAUGCAUCGAAGAAAGCUGAUGAAGUCAAAGACGCUGCACAGAAGAAACUUGAUCAAGCCAAAGCAGCCGGAUCUCAAUUAGCAGAUGAUGCUGCUAAGAAAGCCGGAGAAGUUAAAGAUACUGCACAGAAGACAGCUGAUCAAGCUAAGGCGGCUGGUGCUCAACUCGCUGACGAUGCAUCGAAGAAAGCUGGCGAAUUGAAAGAUGCAGCACAGAAGAAAGUCGAUGAAAUUAAACCAGAAGUUGAUGAAAAAUUAGAACAAGCAAAGGAAGCCGCUGAAGGCGCAACAAAUACAAUUGUCGGAACUGCUCUUCACGCAAAAGAUGUUGCCGUUGAAAAAGUGCAAGAAAUCGGACACACCGUCGUCGAAACUGUGCAACACAUUCCAGCAGUUGCAGUGAAUGCAGCUAGCUCUGCAGCUAAUUAUGUUGGCGAAACCAUCAGUGCGGCUGGUCAUUGGGCCGCGGAAAAAGUAUCGGAAGUCGGUUCAGCUACCGUUCACUCAGCGCAAGAAGCUAUUCAGAGUCUCACUGGAUUAGCAGGCGAAGCGAAAGAAAAGGCUGCUGAAGCAGCCAACCAAGCUGCCGAAAAAGGAGCGGAAUUGAAAGAAGAAGCAUCAGAAAAAGUCGACCAAGCAAAAGGCAAAGCGAAUGAAUUAGCUGCCGAUGCAAAGAAGAAAGGCGAAGAAGUCAAACAUGAUGUUCAGCAGAAAGCAGAUGAACUUAAAGCAAAAGGUGAUGUGCACACGUCAACGACAGGUACGGCUCAUACUACUUCAGCGUCACAUGAUGCUAACGCACCUCAUGGAAAUACAGGUGCAGCAAAAAUCGAAGUCAAAACCACAGGCACAAACAAGCAACCACUUGUUUAA